CAGCAUCAUCCUCCCAUCGCUUUCCAUCAUCUGUCAAAAUACUCAUCACUCCUGUUGUCCCACCCCUGAUAAAUACCCCAGCAAAAUGUCAAUCCGAGAUCCCGAUGAUUUAUUAAUCUACGGAGACGAGAAUUUCGAUUUUCUUUUCAAAAUAGUUUUGAUCGGUGACUGUGGCACGGGAAAAACGUGCGUUGUGCAGAGAUUCAGGGCUGGGACAUUUAUAGAACGUCAUGGGAAUACUAUUGGUGUCGAUUUUUCAAUGAAAACAGUCCUCAUUGACGGAAAGAAGGUCAAGUUACAAAUUUGGGAUACCGCGGGUCAGGAACGAUUUCGAACAAUUACCCAGAGUUAUUACAGGUCAGCCAAUGGUAUAAUCCUGGUCUACGACAUCACGAAACGAUCCAGCUUCCUCAGUGUACAGAAGUGGAUCGAGGAGGUGCGGCGAUACACGUCUUCCAGUGUUAUGUUAAUUCUAGUAGGCAAUAAAUGCGACCUAGAAAGUCUGAGAGAGGUAGAAAGGAGCGAAGCUGAGGCCCUGUGUACAUACAUGCCCGAAGUAUUACAUGUCAUCGAAACAUCAGCCAAAGAUAAUAUUAAUGUAGACACGAUAUUCUUCACUAUAGCGUCAGAGCUGAAAAAACGACACGAAAAUCGUCAGUUGGAACCGAAAGACGAGGAAAUAGUGAAACUUGGUGACAGUAAAACUCUCUCCUCAUGCUUCAGCUGCUCGUCGCACUAUGAAUUAAACAUCCAGAUGUCUCUGUCAGGGUGAACAAAGGCAGAAGAUUAUUGACAAAAAAGAUGAAUUACUUGAAUUCAAAAAAGUUUGACACGAUGACCUGAUGGCAACGACAAUACUCACUAUUCGAAUCUUUAAAUAUCACUGAGAUUUCUGUUAAAGUUAUGAUCUGACGUGAAAUGAGAGAUUGUAUAUUUUUGUAGUUAUUUUUAUAUAUUUUUAACCCUCAUUAACCCUUCAGAUUAUCAUAAAAAAAUUUCAGAGGCAAAAUAGGAAUUCUUCAAUUGUCGAUAUCUCCGGAUCGGCUGAGUGAAAUCUGAACAUUUUUCCUUCAUUUUCAAGAUAUUUUUUUGCUCUUUAAAAUUACCUUUGACUCAUGAAAAUCGCUUCGUUUGCUCCGGAGAUAUUGACGAUUGAAAAAUGUCCAUUUUAUCACAGACAACUUUUAAUGCCCAUUCUACAGGCAUUAACGUUAACUACUGAAUGAACGAACAAAUAAUGGUCUGAAUCCGACAAAGAAAAUUUUAAAAACUAAUAAUAAUUGUAACCUAGUGUUCUGGGUGUGCCCAACACCAGAGCAAUAUAUUUGUAAAUUCGUUUAAGAAAAACGCCAGAAUAUAUCAGAGAAAAAUUUAUUUAACAUCCUACAAUUGAAUAAACAAAUAGAAACAAUAA